UUCCCUUAUUCAAGCACCAACAGCAAGCAACAACAACGACAUCAAGCGUAGGGACGUCGUCAUAAUCAUCAUCAUCACCGUCGUCGUCGUCGUCGUCGUCUGUAAUUAAACACCAAAGCUCAAGAGUCAAACCCCCCUCCCUUCAAGCGAGCCUCUUCUCUCUCCUUUCCAUUCGCAAACUCUCUUUCUACUCUAUCUCCUCGAAUCUCCAAUUUCGCUCAACAGGUGAGAUUGUGUGCAUUAUUUGAUUAAUCAAUUCGGGUUCCAUGUGCGGGAUCAUAUGGAUAAGCUAAGAAUUUGGCAUUUGGAAACUGGGGCAAGCACAAUUUUUCAGUGAAGUUGACUUUUGCUCCGCUGUUGAUUGGAGGCUAUUUAUAAAGCUUGUCGAUUUCUGGAUUGAGGCUGUUAAGCUCGAGUAGCUCCUUUCAGUUGUUUGAUGUUCGGUGCAGUAUGCCGGUGAUAGUUUGGAGAAAUGCAAAGGUAUCAUGCUGCAAACUGCACUAGUGCUGUUAAUAAUAAUUCUGUCGGAGGACCAACAGCUAGGGAUACCAUUCGUGCUGAUUCAUCGUCACUGGCCGCUAACUUCUCCCCGAGUUCCAGGCGGCCAUCUUCGUUGACAUCGUACAAGUUGAAGUGUGAUAAAGAACCUUUGAAUUCCCGACUUGGUCCCCCAGACUUCCAUCCCCAAACUCCAAAUUGCCCUGAGGAGACUCUCACUAGAGAGUAUGUGCAGUCUGGCUACAGGGAGACCUUUGAAGGACUUGAGGAGGCUAGGGAGAUUUCACUUUCUCAGGAUCAAGCUUUUAGUAAGCCUGUUGUACUUAGAUGCAGAGAGGCAAUCAGAAAGUGUCUUAGAGCCAUCAAUGAAUCUCGUGCUCAAAAGCGCAAGGCCGGUCAAGUCUAUGGUGUACCUCUAUCCGGUUCACUUUUAGCAAAGCCUGGUAUCUUUCCUGAGCAAAGGCCUUGUGGUGAAGAUUUUAGGAAGAAAUGGAUUGAGGGUUUAUCACAACCUCGUAAAAGAUUGCGUUCUUUGGCAGAUCAUGUUCCUCAUGGUUACAGGAGGAGGUCUCUUUUUGAAGUUCUUAUUAGGAACAAUGUUCCAUUGAUGAGGGCGACUUGGUUCAUCAAAGUAACUUAUCUUAAUCAGGUUCGACCUGGUUCUGCCGGUACUUCUUCUGGACCGCCUGACAAAACACAGCUGUCCCGCACAGAGCUCUGGACAAAAGAUAUUAUCGAGUACUUGCAACACCUACUUGAUGAAUUUGUUUCAAGAAAAAAUUCUCAUUCUAUGCCACACGGCAGGGAUAGAUCCUCUCAAAUGCUUUAUUCUAUGUCGGUACAGCACAAGAGUGAUCCAGCAUCAGCUAUCCUUGAUGGAGAGGAACCUUCCCUGCACUUCAAAUGGUGGUACGUGGUGCGGCUUUUACAAUGGCACCACGUAGAAGGGCUGAUUUUUCCAUCCCUUAUCAUCGAUUGGGCUCUAAGUCAAUUGCAGGAGAAAGAAUUACUGGAGGUUUUACAGUUGCUGUUACCUAUUAUAUACGGUGUUCUGGAAACUGUUGUUCUAUCGCAGACUUAUGUACGCACUCUUGUGGGAGUAGCUGUUCGUUUUACCCGUGAACCUUCUCCUGGUGGAUCUGAUCUAGUGGAUAACUCUCGGAGGGCAUACACAACAUCUGCUUUAAUUGAGAUGCUUCGUUAUUUAAUUUUGGCUGUGCCAGAUACAUUUGUUGCUCUGGACUGCUUUCCUUUACCGCACAGUGUUGUAUCUUAUGCAGCUAAUGAUGUUUUUGUUUCUAAGCCAUCUGAGGAGGCAGGAAAGAUGAAAAUUACUUCAGCUGAAGUCGCUUCUGUAUUUAAGAGUAAAGGGUUUGAUGCUCAGUAUCAGACUUUGUCUUUUGAUUAUGUUGUUUCUUCCAUUCAGAAACGAGCUGACAAUCUUGCAAAGGCUGCAAGCCCUGGAUAUCCUGGUCAUAGUACUGCUAAAGCAUUACAAGCUUUGGAUAAAGCUCUUUUUCUGGGAGACGUUAGAGGGGCUUAUAAAUAUCUUUUUGAAAAUUUUUGUGAUGAAGCAGUGGAUGACGGUUGGAUUGAAGAAGUCAGCCCAUGCUUAAGGUCAUCGCUGAAGUUUAUUGGGACAGUGAACACCUCUUUUGUUUGUUCUGUGUUUUUCCUAUGUGAGUGGGCGACAUGUGAUUAUAGGGAUUUUCGAUCUGCUCCUCCUCAUGACUUGAAGUUCACAGGUAGGAAAGAUAUUUCUCAAGUCCAUAUUGCAACUCGGCUUCUAAAGCUAAAAAUGAGAAAUUUGCAGAGCUCACUUCGAUGCAAGGAUGAUAAAUCCCUUGGGGGCAAGAACCGUUCUAAAGUAUCCAGUCAGAAGGAUGAUUUUCCUGGAAGGAGUUUUACAGGGGAUGGAUAUGAAUUCAAAAAUCGAACUGUGGAUGAGAAGAAUGUUAGUUCAUUGGAUAUAUUAGAGAGCCCUGGCCCUUUGCAUGAUAUUCUAGUAUGUUGGAUUGAUCAACAUGAAGCACACAAAGGGGGAGGGUUGAAGAGUCUUCAGCUGUUCAUAGUGGAACUUAUACGCGGGGGCAUUUUCUACCCUCAGGCAUAUGUCAGGCAGCUGAUAGUUAGUGGAUUUAUGGAAACAAGUGGCUCUUUGGUUGACCAGGACAGAAGGAAGAGGCACUAUCGAAUCUUGAAACAGCUGCCAGGGCUCUUUAUGCGUGAAAUCUUGCAAGAAGCAAAGAUUGCUGACGGGUCAAAAGUUUUGGAGGCUAUGCAUGUUUACUCCAAUGAACGACGACUUGUCCUUCGUGGACUUCUUUGUGAUCAGUAUAAAACUCCAGUAAAUGCUAAUUUAUCCGCCAAGAAGCGUAAGCAGCAUGCAGCCAAUGGAAGAGAUGGUCCAUCCCUAGCUCUUGUUGAUCAGUUGAAAUGUACUUAUUCUCCAUCCAACAUAUUGACUGCUAUGAAUGUCAAGAGUGAUGACAUGGAAGAGCUGAAGUCUUCUAUUUCAUUGUUGUUGCAGCUCCCAAAACAUAGUUCUACAAAUGUAGGACUGGAUGAAUUACACAGGACAGUUAAGAGACCUGCUGCACCACGGUGUGAGGAUCUAGGAGAAAGUACACCUGGAUGUGAAGAUUGUAGAAGGGUGAAGAGACGAAAGGUAAAUGAUGAGAACAGCUCUUGUGCCCAAGGGCCUUCUCCAAUACCAUCAGAUGAUGAAGAUACCUGGUGGGCACUGAAGGGGACUAGAUACUUGGAGUCUAUCAAAGUUGAUCCACCGUAUAAGUCAUGCAGGCUGGUUUCCAGGGUUAGGCAAAAGAAUGUGCGGAAGACUCAAAGUCUUUCUCAAUUGGCAGCUGCUAGGAUUGAGGGCAGCCAGGGAGCAUCUACAAGUCAUGUUUGUGAUAGUAAGGUGAUCUGCCCUCACCAUAGAACUGGAAUGGAAGGUGAAACUCUUAAAUCACAGGAUGGUAUUGGAAAAACACCUUGUGUAGAUAUUUUUUCCGUUGGAAAUGCUUUAAAGCAGCUGCGAUAUGUAGAGAAGAGGAUGAUUGCAGUUUGGUUGACAACUGUUGUCAAGCAACUGGUUGAAGAAACUGAAAAAAAUGCUAGCAAAACUGGGCAACCUAGCCGGCCUUUCAGUUCUGUUGAUGAUAGGAGCUCUUUGCGAUGGAAGCUUGGUGAGGAUGAGCUGUCUAUUAUAUUAUAUCUGACGGAUGUUUGUGGUGACUUGGUCUUGGUGGCCAAAUUUCUUCUUUGGUUGUUGCCGAAAGCUUUUAGUAACACCAGUUCAACUAUCCACGGUGGAAGAAAUAUACUGAUGCCAUUUAGGAACACAGAAAACCUUGCCUGUGAAAUAGGAGAAGCAUUUGUGAUAUCUUCUAUCAGAAGGUAUGAGAACAUAGUUAUUGCUGCAGAUCUUCUUCCUGAUGCCUUAUCAGCAACAAUGCAUCGUGCUGCAGCAGUUCUGGCUUCUAAUGGAAAACUCUCAGGUUCAGCAGCCACAGCUUUUGCACGAUACCUGAUGAAAAAAUAUCGCAAUGUGGCUAGCGUCAUCGAAUGGGAGAAGAAUUUUAGGGCUACAUGUGAUAGGAGACUUCUCUCUGAACUUGAAUCUGGACGUUCACUUGACGGAGAUCUGAUGUUUCCUCUUGCUGGAGUUGAGGAUCUUGAUGACUAUCUUCGUCAAAAGAUAAGUGGAAAUCGGUUGUCCAGAGUGGGUGCAGGCAUGAGAGAUGUAGUGCAACGGCAUGUUGAGGAUGCCCUUCUCUACUUUUUGGGCAAAGAGAGGAAGCUUCUUGCUGUUGGUGCACAAAAAGGUGCCACUGUAGAAAAAUCAGAUGAUGGCUACCAGAUAGCUCAGAAAAUAAUUUUGGGGCUUAUGGACUGCAUUAGGCAGACCGGAGGUGCUGCUCAAGAAGGAGACCCAUCCUUAGUAUCAUCUGCUGUUUCUGCUAUUGUUGGUAAUAUUGGACCAACAAUGGCAAAGGUGACUGACAUUACAGCAGGCGGUAACUAUUUAAAUAUGUCAUCCGCAACGAAUUCAUUAAAUAUUGCUAGGAGUAUGUUGCGCAUCCAUAUUAGUUGCCUAUGCCUACUUAAGGAAGCUCUUGGAGAGCGCCAAAGCCGGGUUUUUGAGAUAGCUCUUGGGACAGAAGCUUCUUUGGUUCUUGCUGGAUCUCUUGCUCCUGGAAAGGCUUCUCGAAGUCAAUUUAAAUUAUCUCCUGAAGCACAUGAUUCAACUAUGACCACGCCUAAUGAAAUUCUGAGUAACCCUGCAAAACCAGCACUUGGGAGAGCUGGGAAAAUUGUGGCUGCAGUUUCUGCGCUGGUCAUUGGAGCUGUUAUUCAUGGUUUUACAAGCCUUGAGAGAAUGGUAACUAUUCUCAGAUUGAAGGAAGGGUUGGAUGUCAUUCAAUUUAUAAGGAGUUCAAAAUCCAAUUCAAAUGGUAAUGCCCGUUCAACUGGUUCUGGAGCUCUCAAAGUUGAUAUCUCAGUUGAAGUUUGUGUGCACUGGUUCAGGUUGCUUGUUGGCAACUCCAAAACCGUCUCCGAUGGUUUCAUUGUGGAACUCCUAGGUGAACCUUCUAUGUUAGCUCUCUCAAGGAUGCAGAGAAUGCUCCCUCUUAGCUUGGUCUUUCCACCGGCUUAUUCAAUAUUUGCCUUUGUUAUAUGGAGACCGUUUAUCCUUAAUACUAACCUUGCAAACCGGGAUGACAUCCAUCAGUUGUUUCAGUCUUUAGCAAUGGCCAUAGGUGAUGCUAUAAAGCACUUGCCUUUUCGUGAUGUGUGUCUGCGAGAUAGUCAAGGUUUUUAUGAUAUUGUAGCUGCUGACACCAGUGAUGCUGAGUUUGCUGCCAUGCUAGAGUUAAAUGGCCUGGACAUGCAUUUGAAAUCCAAGGCCUUUGUACCUCUCCGUGCAAGGCUUUUCUUAAAUUCCGUCAUUGAUUGUCGAAUGCCAAAAUCUGUUUUUAUGCAAGACGAUGGGAAUAGGUCUUCUGGACAUGGUGAAUCUAAAGUUCAAUGUGCAGAAAAUGAAACAAAACUUCUGGAUAAGCUUGUGAAGGUAUUGGACACCCUGCAACCUGCAAAAUUCCACUGGCAGUGGGUGGAACUCCGGCUUCUUUUGAAUGAACAAGCCAUCAUUGAAAAGCUCGAGACCCAUGAUAUGUCAUUGGCAGAUGCUCUUCGCUUGUCUUCUCCUGGUCUCGAAAAGGCUGCUGCUUCUGAGAAUGAGAACAAUUUCAUUGAGAUAAUUUUGACAAGAUUAGUUGUCAGACCUGAUGCUGCAUCCCUUUUUGCUGAGUUGGUCCAUCUUUUCGGAAGGUCACUGGAGGACUCGAUGUUGUUACAGGCUAAGUGGUUCCUAGGAGGGCAUGAUGUUCUUUUUGGACGGAAAACCCUCAGACAACGGCUUAUUAAUAUUGCUGAAAGCAAAGGUCUUUCAACCAAGGUCCAGUUUUGGAAGCCAUGGGGCUGGUCUUAUCUUGGAUCUGAUCCUCCAAUAAACAGGGGAGAUAAGAAGGUUGAAGUUACCUCUCUUGAGGAAGGAGAGGUUGUUGACGAGGGCAUGGGCUCAAAAAGGUGUGGACAAGGUUCGUCCAUCCAAAUCUCUGAAUCAGAAGCUUUCAGUGGCAGCCAGCAGCAUGUGACUGAGAGGGCGCUCGUUGAAUUAAUUAUCCCUUGCAUAGAUCAAGGUUCCGAUGACUCUCGUACUACUUUUGCAAGUGAUUUGAUUAAGCAAUUGAAUAACAUCGAGCAACAGAUAAAUGCUGUUACUCGUGGAGCAAGUAAGCAAAUGGGAACUGUUUCUUCUGGAAUGGAAGGAUCAACAAAUAAAGGCAGUAGUCGCAAAGGUAUAAGAGGUGGGAGUCCUGGAUUGGUGAGACGAACAACGGGAUCAUCAGAUUCUGCUUUACCCUCUACAACCUCUUUGCGAGCAUCAAUGUUCUUGCGGUUGCAGUUACUCCUCAGAUUGCUUCCUAUCAUAUGCGCUGAUGGGGAGCCCUUAGGGCGGAACAUGAGGCAUGCUCUUGCCUCUGUGAUACUUCGUCUUCUUGGAAACCGUGUUGUGUAUGAGGAUGCAGACCUAUUCUUCCAUCCCGCGCUAAGCUCUCAGUCUAGGAGGGUAGCAGAGUCGCUGUUGGAAGCUGCUUCUGUUGAUUUGUCUUGUGAAAGUCUCUUUGAUCAGUUGCUAUUGGUCUUGCAUGGACUGUUGAGUAGCCGCCAGCCGAGUUGGCUAAAGCCAAAACCUGGCUCCCAGUCAACCAAUGAAUCUUCUAAGGAAUUUUUGGGAUUUGAUCGGGAGGUAGCUGAAAGUUUGCAGAAUGACUUAGAACGCAUGCAGCUGCCAGCAACAAUCCGAUGGCGUAUUCAAGCUGCAAUGCCAAUUCUUCUUCCUUCUGUUCGUUGCUCUGUCUCUUGUCAGCCACAAUCGGUCCCUUUUGCUAUUCUUUCUUCACUGCAGCCCAGCAUUUCAAUUUCUGGAUUUUGUGAUGGUAAUCUUCUUCGGAGAACUUCAGUUCCUUUGGGACGGUCAGCAAGCAACUUGCCAGGAAAAUCCAAAGCCUUUUUUGGACAACAGGAUCAUGAUAUGGAAAUUGACCCAUGGACACUAUUGGAAGAUGGUGCAGGAUCAGGCCCAUCUGCAAGUAACAUUACAGUGAUAGGAGGCGGAGACCAUACAAAUCUUCAGGCUUCCAGCUGGCUUAAAGGGGCUGUAAGGGUCCGGAGGACUGACCUGACCUACAUUGGUGCUGUGGAUGAUGACAGCUGAUUAUAGUUUAAUUUAAUUCUUGAUUUGUUCUGAAGAGAGCAAAGCCCUCCCCCGGAAAUCUAGGUCUUCAUGUGCUGUGUAGCAUUGGAAUCAAGAUUUCCAUCUUUUUGUUACCAUUCUUGCCUGUGAUGGCAAAGGAGCUAUUGGGAGGGACAUUUGUUUGGGGAAAGGAGGUGCAUGGCAUGGCGCGGGGUGUGAAAGGAAUUUGAAGAUCUCGCUGGGCCACCCUACAAGGUAUUGAUCUGCUUGACUUUUAACUUGUUGCUCUCCCCUCCCACAUAAUCUGGACUGUUACCUGUAUGUACAGUUCGGAGCUUGUUGUACAUAUAGAGAUAAUUGUUUCAACUAUAUCAAUGAUCAGAGGAAUAUUACGAGAAUGAUCGAUCCAUUGCCCUUUUUUCUGCUUAUGAUGAUGGAGUCCUCGCAACCUCCCUGGACUUCAUGGGUUACUUAACAACAGCAUGCAUUUAUGUUUAGCAAUUGUAGUUCAGAUCUUUUUUUUUUUUUGGCGUAGUAAUGAAGUCUGAUGAAAAUGAAACAAAGCUAACAAUGAAGCUCUGGUUUGAAAG